UUACUAAGAAGUUGUGGUAAAAUAAAUACCAUAAAAGUAAAUGGAAAAAUAAAGCAUUAAAACAAAGAAAGAAUGUGAAAUCGUCUACCAUCCUAGAUGGCAAUUGGACCGCGGCCCGCGGGCAUGGCCCGUUAAGUCUCAUGGCGGGGCGGGUUUGGGCCUCAAGAACUUAGGCCCGGAAAAGUGCGGGUCUUGCGGGCUUGUUAAAAUCGGGUUUGGGCCAAAGCGGUCUGGGCUUUUGCGGGCUUGCGGGGAACUCGAGACCCGCGUAUCUUCUUCACUUGUGACUUUUGUAGUUUUACUCACCGACGAAAAAGAUGAAAAUGGCGACUAUGGAGGCGAUUCUAGAGCUUCUCUUCCACUCAACGACUAAAACCACCACCGGAGCUUGUCUUCUUCGUCGAACCACCUUCGUUCCACAAAAGGAGCUUCUCUCCUUCGUCGAGCCACCACAUGAGCUUCUCUUCGUCUUUGUUCCACAAACCAGAUGUUUUUUUCAUUUUUGUUCCACAAACCGGAGCUUCUCACCUUCGUCGAGCCACCACCAUAGCUUCUCACCUUCGUCGAGCCACCACCAGAGUUUAAUUCUCUCCUUAUUGCAGGUCUGGUUGCAGGCUGCUCUUGACGGUAUGACCCGCGGGCCGACCCGCAGAGGCCCGUGUAAAUAGCGGGGCGGGUUUGGGCACAGGUUUCGAGAACCGCGGAUCGUGGCGGGCUGCCCGCAGAGAUCCGCCGGAGAUGAAGACCGCGGCGGGGCGGGCGAUGGCGGGGCGGGUGAUACCAAUUGCCAUGUUAACUAUUCUCAGUCAGACUAUUCAAUCAAUCUUUGCACGUUUUCUCUUUAAUAAAUGUCAGAUAAUUAAAGCGUCCAUUUCUCCAUUUUUAUUUUAAUUACACGUCAUUUUCUUCCCCCCGCCGUAGAAUAGCACCAACUCGUUAACCAAAUCGAGGGCAAAAUAGUAACUUGCAUUAUCUAGAAACUCGUUUCUCUCUCACUUCUUCACUCACUCGAUUCCUUUUAAAAUCUCUCUGCUUUCUUCUCUCCCUCUCUCUCUCCUAAGCCUUUCCGCUUUCUCUCUCCUUUCUCCGGCGUCUCUGUUUAGGGUUUUUCCAUUUGCUUACAAAGAGAAGCUUAGAAUCAGAGUCCAUGGAAAUGGAGAAGAAGCAAGGAUUCUUCUCAGCGCUCAGAGACGAAGUCAUCAGAAGCUUCACCCCUUCUCGCUCCAGACCCCGUUCUCGUUCCGCGAGCCCAUCCCGCUCGAAUCCACACAUGAAAGCUCUUCUCUGGGGCAGGAAGAAACUACUCGCGAGCUCCGGCUGCAGCCGCGCCGCCGCCGCCGGAGGAUAUCACCUCGCGGCGCAGCAGCCGGAGCCGUUAAUCGGAAGAUCGGAGAGCUUAAGACCUGUGAUGGAAGGUCCUGAUCCAGAAGGUAACGACGAAACUCGAACGGAUUCGAAACGAACCGGGUCGGGUCUAGGUCACUGGGUCAAAGGCCAAAUGUCACGUGCUCCCUCCGUGGCUUCUAAUAGGUCUGACUUAAGGCUCCUCCUCGGCGUCUUGGGAGCUCCUCUCGCACCUAUUAAAGUCUCUUCCUCCGCCAGAGACUCUCCCAUCGAAACUUCAUCUGCACAGUACAUUCUGCAACAGUACACGGCGGCUUCAGGUGGUCAGAAGCUACAAAACUCAAUCAAAAACGCUUACGCUAACGGUAAGGUCAAGAUGAUAACCUCGGAGCUUGAAACCCCGACGAGAACUGUCCGUAACCGAAACCCGACAAAGCCUGAAACAGGAGGUUUUGUCCUCUGGCAGAUGAAUCCCGACAUGUGGUACGUUGAGCUCUCUGUCGGUAGUAGUAAGGUUCGUGCCGGAUGCAAUGGGAAGCUCGUUUGGAGACACAUUCCUUGGCUUGGUUCCCACACUGCUAACGGGCCAGUCAGGCCUCUUCGCCGUGCACUUCAGGGGCUUGAUCCGAGAACUACUGCUGCUAUGUUUGCUGAGUCGAAGUGUGUUGGAGAGAAGAAAGUGAAUGGUGAAGAUUGUUUCAUUCUGAAGCUGUGUACUGACCCUGGAACGUUAAAGGCGAGGAGUGAAGGACCAGCGGAGAUUGUGAGACACAUUCUUUUCGGUUACUUCAGCCAAAGGACAGGACUUUUGGUUCAGUUCGAGGAUUCUCAGCUGACCCGGAUUCAGUCCAACAGUGGUGAUGCUGUUUACUGGGAGACCACGAUCAAUUCUUCUCUGGAGGAUUAUAGACAAGUGGAAGGGAUCAUGAUUGCUCACUCUGGACGCUCUGUUGUUACUCUUUUUAGAUUCGGGGAAGUGGCGAUGAGUCACACUAGGACAAAGAUGGAGGAGAGAUGGACCAUUGAAGAGGUUGCUUUCAAUGUUCCUGGUCUGUCUCGAGACUGCUUUAUCCCGCCGGCUGAUCUUAGGUCUAGUUCUUUACGAACUGAGGCGUGUGAGUACUCGGAUCAAGAAGAGAAAGGGAAGAGCUCCAUCAUGUUGGCAGCCACAACAGCUCAUAGAGCUAAAGUUGCAGCCUUGGAGAAAGGAAGGUUCGGCGAUAACCCGGAAUGGCAUAUGGAUGUCUGAGUUUGGUAGUGAAGAUGCAGUUUGUUCAUAGUAAAUUCGGGUAACAAGACUCAAGCCUUGAAAUCAAACUAACUUAACCCCUUUUGUUGUAGCUGCUCACCUAUUAGGAGUUUGAUUGUUCUCUUUGGUUUUUUGUUGUUGUUUGUUUGUUAUUUUUUUUCUGUGUCACCUCCAAUAUUUUUAAGUAAGGAGGUGAUGGGAUUGAUUGGUCUUUGAUUUGCAAAAAUGGCAGUAGCAAGAGAAGGAGAAUUGCUGCUUACAUGUUGAAUUUGAUUUCAAAUUGAAAGUUCAAAGUUCACUGUUA